AUGAAAUUACGUGACUCUGCGACUAGUGGAGCACUGUGCUUUUGGCUUCUGGUCCGAUCAGAACUUUCAGAUUCCCUCCGACGAUUUCCUGCUCUACAGCCAUGUCGCUACGCUUGAUGUCCCCCGCCCUCCUUAAUGCCUGGAGCCAGACCCUCGUCCGGGCCAUGUCCACCCAGGGCGGCUCCAAGAACAUCGGCUUCGUGGGCCUGGGCAACAUGGGCGCCAACAUGGCCAACAACCUGAUCAAGGCCGGACACAAGCUCCACGUCUUCGACAUCUCCAAGCCGGCCUGCGACGGCCUGGCCGCCAAGGGAGCCACCGUCUACAGCAAGACCGCUGAGCUGGCCAAGAACUCGGACUUCGUCAUCACCAUGCUGCCCAACAACGCCAUUGUGGAGUCCUCGUACGAGGAGAUGACUGCCGACGGCGUCAACAAGAACACCAUCUUCAUCGACUCCUCGACGAUCUCCCCCGAACUGGUGCAGAGCCUGCAGAAGAAGAUCAGCGCCAAGGGAGCCCGCUUCAUCGAUGCCCCCGUCUCCGGAGGAGUUCCCGGCGCGGAGCAGGCCACCCUCACCUUCAUGGUGGGCGGCACUGAAGCGGAAUACAACGCCGUCAAGGCUGUCCUGGAGUGCAUGGGAAAGAAGAUCACCCACUGCGGUGUCUACGGCAUGGGCCAGGCCGCCAAGCUGUGCAACAACAUGAUGCUGGGCAUCGCCAUGAUCGGGGUCUCCGAGGCCAUGAACCUGGCCAUCCGCCAGGGCCUGGACGCCCAGGUGUUCGCCGACAUCAUCAACUCCUCCACCGGCCGCUGCUGGUCCUCGGAGGUGUACAACCCGGUGCCCGGCAUCUGCCCCACUGCCCCCGCCAACAAGGACUACGCCGGCGGCUUCUCCUCGGCCCUGAUCAACAAGGAUCUUGGUCUGGCCGCCGGAGUGGCCAAGUCCACCAACACCCCGAUCCCCCUGGGCUCCCUGGCCGGCAAGGUGUACACCAAGCUGGUGGAGGAGGGACUGGGCAACAAGGACUUCUCCGUGGUCUACGACCUCAUGAAGAAGGAGAAGUUCAGCCUGUAAGGACCCACUCGACCAGAGCCAAACCAGUCUUGCAUUUAUAAAUUAGGAAGUGACUGUGCAAUUACCAUGUUCUUGUAUUUGUUUAAAAUAGUAUGCAAAAACCUUAAAAAUAUA